UGCGACUGGCCUGCAGACUUCUCCAACCCUGAGCUCCUUUUUUUAAAAAUUCCUCCCCGCGUUGCGAUGCGCCAAACCCGGGAUCUGCCCGGGUCUCUCCUCCACUGGACGCCGCUUCUCCUGCUUCUCAUCCCGGCACCAUCAGCUCCGGACAGCAGUAGAGGCUCCGGGACGCGUCUGGACUGCAGCACCGGCUGUGAGAGCAUGUCCUGCCGCUUCCAGCCUCAGGAGCUGGACUGCAGCGGCUACAACCUGACGGUGACUGACCACCAGGCACUGGACGGGGACAAGGUGCUGGAUUGCAGCUUUGUGAGUCCGUGUGAGUCCGGAUGGUGCUGCUGCUCGGUUCCGAUCCAGUUCGUCAUGGAGGAGACGUACAGCGCGACCGUCUGGAAACGAGGCCGACUUGUGGAGUCCAGAGAGAUCAGUUCCUCCAGCAGCCGUGCGCAGACUUCUGUCGGAGUAAAGCCCCAAAGUCCAACCGAUCUGUCGGUGAGGGAAUCCAACGGGAACGUCGAGGUCCAAUGGAGCCAAGAGGAGAGCUGCCACAGUGCCGGGCUAAAGGCCGAGGUGGCCUACCGCAAAAAGGGGGGCGGGCAGGGUCCAACCGUCCAGCGGGUCAGACCGGCGGAGGCGGGCGGCCGGUUUGUGUACGAAAUAUCGGGUCAGGACCUGGAGGCCGGGGCCACCUACGCGGUCAGCGUGAGGACGGGGUCGGAGCUGAGCGAGCGGCUGAGCGACAGCAGCCCGGAGCUGGAGUUCACGGCCCCCCAGGAAGCCGCCGUCUGGCCCGUCACCUUAGUCCCGGCGGUCCCCGGGCAUCCCGAUUACCACCCACCGGGCUCGGAGACCCCCCCGGCCACGGACGAAAUCCGGACCACUCCCGAAUGGCUCCGCUUCGAGAACAUGACCUACUGCGCUCCCCUUCUCCCCGGGGAGAUGUUCUCCUCCUGGGCGGGGGGGGCCGAGGGGGACCAGCAGGUCCCGGCUGGUCUGGUUUCCACGGGGCCAGAAGGCCCGGCCUAUGUGACGGUGGACGUACGGUACCAGGCCUCUGACCCAGAGACCGGGAGGCUUUCUCAAUCAGAGGAUUCCGCUUUGUGUCCAGACCCGUGUGGGACCGGGACCACGCCGGCUCCUAGCUUUACCUCCGGUGGGCGGGGGGGCAGCGAGGGCUCUGGCGCGGAGUCGUGA